AUGUAUCUAGAAAAUGAAUUUCUGAAGUCACAUUAUAUCGGUGUCGUUAGCCGAAAAGAGAUCGCAAACAAAUUGAAUAUACCCGAGAGAGCUGUAAAGGUAUGGUUUCAAAACCGUCGCAUGAAAGAGAAGAAAGAUAUAACCAAUCGACCUGUGACAGAGUACCAUCAUUAUGUUAAAACGGGACAUAAUGUUAGAUCUGUUAAUGAUCAAUUAAGUAAUGUGGAGACAUUGCAAUUAAAUAACAAUCUAUGUUCACAUUCCAUCUCACCGCAACCGAAGUCAAAAGCAAGUUUAAAUGAUUCCACUAUUGACCAUUUUCAAAAGAAGAAUCAUAACAACGUUUCAAAUACAACCAACAACAUGGAAACUGAAAGGAAACCAACAGAUGACGUCAUAAUGUCACAUAAUUUUCAAAACAAAACAAUAACAAGCAGCAGCAACGAAGUUAAACGUAACGCUGAACUAUCAAUCGAGUUGCUAAAAAAAUAUAAAAACCAUAUGCACAAUAACUCUAUAAAAAAGACAGUCAAAAGUAAAAAAAUACAAUCAAAACAUAGCGAAGCGAAGAAACCUAAGUUAAAUAGCCAAACCAUGGAGCGAAAAAGCCACGGUUCUGUUCCUCUGACAGCGCCAUCUAUUGUCAAACACCAGCAAGCAAUUUCACAAAUUCCUUCAGGAUACAUUCCUUUGUAUCCUCAACAACAUAGUCAACAAUAUCAUUCACCUGGGAACUUAAUAUGGAAACCACUGGGCCCAGCUGGCAUGUCAAAUCUUAUGUCUAUGGGUGAUUUCGCUUUUCUUCCUAAUCCACAUACCGUCUCCAAUCGACUUCCAAAAUCAAAUAAUAUACAAAAAAGUCAAUGUUCGUGUAAUUGUCAUAUGAAUCCACGGUUAGAUAUGACAGCUUUUUCACACGAAAAUCCACCACAGUACGUCAUAGCAGUGCCUUUUCAUAAACCGCCUGUUCAGUUUAGAUCCCCUCUUUAA